GGAAACUUGCCGUAUUUUUCUCAAAAGGGAACAAACAUGUCUGAGGGGUCAUGUGGCUUCUUUUUUAGGUUUCAAGAACUCAAAGUUUAGCUACUUUCAACACAUAGUUUACUUUUCAGCUUCUUUUCUUCUUUAUUUGGGAGAUCUGAUAUUAUUAUUUCCUCCUUAAUUCUCUUUCUAACAACAAACUGCAGCAUUGAAUGUGAUUUUCGCUGGAUCUUUCUUUGUUAAGUCAAUUUGCUAAAUAUUGCUGCUAUGCAUUUGAUGAGGCAUACAACUCUUUACUAGCUCUUGCUUUUCGUGUUCGUUCUCUCAAUUCCAUGUUUUGUUUGAUCUAGGAGAUGGCUUAUGUUGCUGUGAUUUCUCUGGUAGGAACUUUGAAGCAACUGGUGCAGCUAAAGCCACAUUGGAUAAGUGAUGAUACAAGAAAAAUGGUGGACUCUCUCCUUGAAAGUCUUGAAUAUUUCCGAGACUUCCUUGAGAACAAAGGCCAGAGAUGGCGGGACUACUGUGCUAAGGUUAAAGAGUUGGAGAGAGAGAUCAGAAGUGCAGUCAGUGAAGCAGAGGAUGUGAUAGAGCUAGAGAUAUAUAAAAUAAAAGAAGUGGAAAAAGGAAAAGCAAGAGAGGCAUUAUGUGAAGUUGUCUCCUCUUGUCGAAAAGAUUGAUGUUAUGAAGAGGGACGUGAUGAGAGAUAGUUUUGUUACAAAUGAGGAUCUGCAAACUGGUGAUUUGCUGUUGCCUGGUCAUUCAUCCAGACAUGUUGCAAAACUGAAUCCAGAAACUGUUGUGGUGGGUCUCGAAGAUGACCUCAUGGGAAUCAUUAGAAGACUAAAAGGGUCGAUGUCUAGUCGAGAGGUUAUCCCCAUUCUGGGAAUGGGGGCAUAGGCAAAACAACUCUUGCAAAAAUGGCAUAUGAUGAUCCUGAAAUCAGGGAUCACUUUGACAUGCAUAUUUGGGUGACUCUAUCUCAAGAAUACCACACUAGAGAUUUGUUGUUAGGCGUUCUUUCGUGUGUUUCAAACGAUCAGAUCAAACAAGAGACGAUGAUGAUGAUGAUAAAUUGAUGGAUAGGAUAUUCAAAAAGUUAAAGGGUCGAAGGUAUCUUGUUGUCAUGGACGAUAUUUGGAGUAAUGACGUCUGGGAUCUUAUGUCAAGAACUUUUCCAGACGAUGAUAAUGGUAGUCGAAUUGUUUUGACAAGUAGGCUCAGAGGUGUGGCGAUGCAUGCUGACCCUGAUAGCCCGCCUCAUGAGGUAAGCCUCUUGAAUGCAGAUGACAGUUGGAAGUUACUUAGUGAAAAGGUGUUUGGGGCACAACAAGUUUGUCCUGAUGAAUUAGAGGAUAUAGGGAAGCAAGUAGCACAGAGAUGCCAAGGACUACCAUUAGCUCUUCUAGUUGUUGCGGGGCAUCUUUUUAAAAUUGGAAGGACACUAGAAAGUUGGAAAGAUGUUGCCAAAAGUGUCAGUAAAGUUGUUGUUAAUGAAUCAGAUAGUUGUCUAGGAGUGCUUGCUAUGAGUUAUAAUUACUUACCUAAUCAUCUUAAACCAUGUUUUCUCUACAUGGGAGUCUUUCCAGAAGAUAGUGAUGUUAACAUAGAGAGUUUGAUCAACUUAUGGGUUUCUGAGGGUUUCCUAUGGGAAGAAUUAGUGGGAAGAGAUUGUUUGGAGGAUCUUGUUAGCAGGAAUCUGAUAAUGGUUAGAAACCGGAGAUUUAAUGGCGAGUGGAAAACGUGUGGUGUCCAUGAUCUUGUUCGCGACUUAAUAUUAAGAGAAGCUGAGAAAGAGAAGUUCUUGCAGGUUACUAAAGAUCCUUCAGCAAAGAUGAUUCAUGUUCGUCGCUACAGCUUCCAUUCAAGCAUUUAUCAGGAUGAUUGCUUGGAGUCUUCAUCAAGUGAUCAUCUCACUCGCACUUUGCACUUCUUCUGUUCAUUAGGUUCUGAACAAGUCCCUCUUAUGGCGUGCUUCAAAUUGCUAAGAGUGUUAGCAGUCGUUCAAUAUGGUUUUGAAGAGUUCCCACUGGUGAUAACAAAAUUAUUACAUCUGAGGUACCUUCAAUUAGGCUAUUGUGAUGAUCCUCACUGUUCUUUGUCAGAGCUUUAUAAUCUGCAGAUCUUCAUUGUUCGAAGCCUAGGUCAUAAUCCUCCAACUAUACAUAAGACUAUUUGGCGAAUGAAACAUUUAAGGCAUCUUCAGGUGAGUCAUUCAAUUUUUCUCCCCAAAAUUCCAUCAAAGCUGCAGAAUUUGGAGGGACUUUCCUGUCUAAGCAUGUCUAGCUGUACUUUUGAGUUGUUUUCUGCUAUUCCAAAUCUUAAGACGCUUACACUUCAUGGACGUCAGAAGGAUUGCCAAGGUGAGAAGAUGUCUGAGCACCUAAAUAACCUUUCCUGUUUAAAAAGACUCGAACAACUGAAGAUAACCUUUACUUGUUCCCAAUCCCAUGCAAGUAUAAUUUGCCAGCAUCUCUGAAGAGGUUGACUUUAAGCUAUACUUUCUUGCCUUGGGAAGACAUGGCAAAUAUUGUGAAGCUGCCAAAACUGGAAGUGCUAAAAAUUAAAAACUAUGGAUUCUAUGGUGAUGUAUGGAGAUUAAAUGAUCGAGAAAUUUUCAAUCAACUUAAGUUCCUCCUAAUUAGGACAAUGAUCUGAUGCAGUGGAAAGCUGGCAGUGUUAACUUCCCAAUGCUGCAACGCCUAGUUCUGAGAACAUGCAUAUACCUGCAGGAAAUCCCUAAAGACUUUGGGGAAAUUUAUACCUUGGAGUCGAUUGAGCUGUAUAAUUACAGAAGAUCUGCAGCAAAUUCCGUGAAUGAAAUUCAAGAACAAGAAAGCAUGGGGAAUGACUGCCUUGAUGUCCUCAUCGAUGAUUGUAGUAGAGGAGCUGAUCAUGCAAGUUAAUGGAAUGCGGUGUGCAUGUGAUGACUCUCAAGCAAUGAGACCACUUGCAACAUGUUCAACUUUAGUUUCUUUUCUAUUUCUUACGAUGCUAGACGGCCCAUGGCCCGUGUCAGUGCGAUCCACGGACAUUUCCUGAACAUUGUCGUACAAAAAAUCUAAUACUGAGAAAGAUUAUUUUGAG